AUGGCCGUCUCAAAUAUUACCCAGACUACGUCAUCCGGGGGCCGUUACUGCCCUGAGGAACUCCCCGAGCUUAGGGGAAAGGAUCGACAUCUGCCACUAGGUGACGAGCCGUACAACGGUGCGGUUGUGGUUGUCGGAAAGGUUCAACUUCGUGGUGAUCAAGCACCACGAGAGUAUGUUGCCAGGAUUUAUGAUGAGGCUUACUACCCGGUUAGCCUUGAGGCUGAAGUUUGGAGAGCGGUAAGAUACCCAGAUGAUGGAGUCGCUCCAGACUGCGCAACUCGGACCGAUUUCGACUAUGCCGCUGAGGCCGCGGCAUACCAACUGAUUCGGAAGUCGCCACAGCUAGGACCGGCCGAGCUACGCUUGGGUUCCAUGGCUCAUGGACCUUUGCUCAACCUGGACCAGCGGGGCAUCAAUGGGUCCAAAUGGUCCUCGGACGCCAAACCCAUGUCAAAGCUUCUCCGGGAGGCGAAACAGCACAAGGCAGGCCUUCCUCUACUUCCCGAAUUCGACAGGCUCAACACCCUCAAGAGUCUGACCGACGCAAAUGAGGAACUUUGGUGGUGGUGUGAGAUCAAUUGCUAUGAGUUGCGCCCAUACGAUGUGUUGGUAUGCAAGGACGGCACUGCUAAAAUCAUUAAGCUCAACCGAGCAAUUCUCCAUUCGUUCAUUGGAGAUAUGAAAUUUCUUCGGCAUCCUCAUACGGUGCACCCCGACAUUUCAGAAGACGAGCUCAAAGCCAUGGGCGAGCACACAUCACCUGUGUGGCGGUAUUGGCCCUUUGAAGCUGAUUCCUACGGCGUACCAUUGUGGAAGCUUGUGGAGGCAGAACAUCCCGAGGAUACGGAAACAGGUCCAUGGGAGGAGUGGGUUCCGGAGUCCUGGUUGGAAAAUCCAGAGGAGACAGGGAUCUGGUUGUUGGGAACCUACCAGAAUGACUCCCGGUUCAGCCCUUUGGACGAAUCAUUCCUUGGCAAUGAACACCAUAAGGAACUGGCUUCACAACUACUGCAACUGCUUGAGCAGUUAGGCCGUAAGUCAGAGGUGGAGCUUGAGGCUCUUCGACUCGCUGGGGAAUUGGAUAGUAAGUGUGUUAGCUUGAACACUUAUUAA